AACGUGUCUUCCAAGCGAGUCUGGCUAACAUUGAAGUGACAGUUUGGGCCCUAGUUCGUCUUUUUGCACAGAUCGAAGAAGAAGCGAUACGCAAUUAAGUAGCUUGUACAAAUACAAUUUAACACUCCACACAGCUUGCAAAUCAUGUCCGCUUUCGGCGCCUCCGUCCUGUUUCAGACCGGAAUUGGACGUCAAAUCAUGAAGCCACGCGCUGCCGAAGGUCGGAACCCGACUCCCAAAACGACAACCAAUACCAUCACGUGUAGCACACAGAACUACGACAGAGCCAAAGAGGUGAAGCGGUUCGACGACUCCAAGGUCGGAGUGAAAGGCCUUGUCGACUCCGGCAUCACCACCAUCCCCCGCUUCUUCGUUCACCCACCCGAGACCCUCGCCGACCUCAAACCCUGUUCACAACCCGGACCGGAUCUCAUCCCCACCAUCGAUCUCUCCGGGGUGGACUCGGAUGAACGGCGGUCAGUCGUCGUUGACGAGAUAAGACGAGCGGCCUCCAGCUUCGGGUUUUUCCAGAUUGUCAACCACGGUGUCCCGUUGGGAGUUCUGGACCGUACGAUGGCCUCCAUGAAGGGGUUUCACGAGCAACCGACGGAGAUAAAGGCUCGGGUCUACCGUAGAGAUAUAGGCACCGGUGUAUCCUACUUGUCCAACGUGGACUUGUAUAAUUCUAAAGCCGCCAGUUGGAGGGACACCCUCCAGUUAAGGCUGGGUCCCAAGAUGGCGGAUGAGGAUCAAAUCCCCGAGAUAUGCAGAAAGGAGGUGAUUGAGUGGGACCGAGAGAUCACACGGCUGGGAGAGCUCUUGGCGGAGCUGCUUUGUGAGGGGCUGGGAGUGGAGGCGAAGAGUUUGAAGGAGAUGACAUGUUUCGAAGGGAGAGUGAUGGUGGGCCACUACUACCCGUACUGCCCACAGCCUGAUCUGACGGUUGGACUUGCGUAUCACACGGAUCCAGGGGUGUUGACGGUGGUGCAGCAGGACCAUGUUGGUGGGUUGCAGGUUAAGUAUGGCGGGGGUUGGGUGGAUGUUAAACCUGUCCCUGGAGCUCUUGUUAUUAACAUUGGGGAUUUGCUUCAGAUCAUAUCCAACGAAGAAUACAAAAGUGCAGAGCACCGAGUGUUGGCCAACUCCAAGAAUGAACCACGAGUCUCUAUGGCAGUUUUCUUCAACCCAGGCAAUAGAGAGGAGCUGUAUGGACCGCUGCCAGAGUUGAUAUCGCCGGAGAAACCUGCAAUUUACCGGCAGUUCACAUUAACAGACUUCAUGACCAGGUUUUUCAAAAAGGAGUUGGACGGCAAAUCUUUGACAAACUACUAUAAGCUCGGAAACCCUGAUGUAUAGCACACGUGAACUUGUAGGCUAUAGCUAAUAGAAGAAAGCCAAUUGUUUGUCCAAAUUUCAGAUUUCGAAAAGUUAUAUAAAUUCGUCAUCGAUUUCUUGGCCUUAA